AAUUCGAAGUUUCACAGGAUGUAGCUAGUAUGACACCCAGCAGAUGAGCGAGUGUAGCGUGCAACCGCAGGGUUGGAUUGCUGGGAUGUUUCCAUCAUGGCGGCAUCCAUUUCGGGCUAUACUUUUAGUUCUGUGUGUUAUCACAGUGCUAACAGCAACUCUGAUCAUGAGGGCUUCCUCUUAGGAGAAGUAAGGCAAGAGGAAACUAUCAGCAUCAGCGAUACGCAAAUCAGCAGUGCUGAACUCCUUCAAGUAGUAGAAGUCCACAAUCAUGAACCCUGUGCACAGCUAUUUAGCUUUUAUAAUUAUGCCGGACUAGUCAAUGAAGAGAAUCUUAACAAAAUUCUUAAAGAAAGGCGGAAAAAUGUCAUCGGCUGGUACAGAUUUAGGAGGAAUACGCAGCAGCAGAUGUCAUUCAGGGAACAGAUCAUCCACAAGCAGCUGACCCAGCUCCUUGGUGUGCCCGACCUAGUCUUCCUCCUCUUCAGCUUCAUCUCCACAGCCAACAACUCCACACAUGCCCUGGAGUAUGUGCUGUUCAGACCCAGCCGCAGCAGGUACAACCAGAGGGUCACACUAAGCAUCCCCAACCUGGGCAACACCAGCCAGCAGGAAUACAAAGUCUCCUCUGUCCCCAACACCUCACUUAAUUAUGCCAAGGUUAUCAAAGAGCAUGGGGCUGAGUUCUUUGACAAAGACGGUGUGAUGAAGGAUAUUAGAACGAUUUUCCAAGUCUAUAGUGCGUUACAAGAUAAGGUACAGGCUGUAUGUGGGGAGGUUGAGCAGAGUGAACGAGUGAAAGAGAAAGUCCAACAGGAGGUGAACAAACUAAAACAGCAAAUUGCUCUCAGGAAACAAAAAAAUGCAGAAGAGGAAAGAAGGAUCCUGGAGGCGCAGAACCCUGAGCCACUUCCCACUCCUGAGGAAAACACUGAGCCCCCAGAGACCUCCCUGCUGUCCCUUGUGGCUUUCAACACUCCAUCCACCCCAGAGCGGCCAGGCCCUUCUGCAAACCCCCCUGCCUACGCAGACCUUCUCUCCUUGCAGGACAACUCGCUCCUCCCUUCCUCGUCCUCCCCGACCAGUGCUGCGCUGCUCCCCCGGCCCCAGGCUGUGGGCUCUCCCGGCCACCCUUCUCCAAACCCAAUGGGUCUUGGUCUGGGCCUCAGUGUGGGCUCCAGCCCCGCUCCUAGUCCCAGUACGCCCUACCUGGGAAAUGGGGACGGAUCCAGCUCUGACUCCCUGGACAGACAGGCUGCAGGGCAGGAGGAUGAGGAUGAAGACGAGGAUGAGGACAGUAGCGAAUAUGAGAACCUUGUGAGUGAGGUCGCACAGUUGCCCCCGGUUACUAUCAAUGUGUUGGCGCAGGGCCGCCCAGCUUCCCUUAGUCCGGACGGCGAUGCCUCAGCCCGUGGCUCACAGACCUAGUAGAGGCUGAGCUUGGGAACAUCAGGGGCCCAAGUAACUGACGCAACAACACAGGAUGGCGUCCCAACCAAUCAAAGAUAUGUCUUCAUUACAGAGGAGGUGCUAGACCUGAAAAUCAAAGGCAAGCACAGGUGGUAUAUUCCGUGAUGUAUUUCUGUUUGUCUUAGUUUGAAUUUGCAUUCUGGGAGGAGUGUUAGGCUUCAUGGGCUUUACAGCUCUGUCUAGUAUAGACAUUGGAGCGUUGAUACCUGGAGUGAUUGUGUCAGAUUUAGAGAUGGAGGACGUUAUAACACAAUAAACGCCACAAUAAACGUUUUGCCCAACCUCUCCAUACAAAUAGACCAUCUCCGCUCUUCCUGGAUCAUGCUGCAUCACAUCUGCAUCACCAGUGUUGAGUAUCCAAUUGUACCAUUACCUCUUGCACUAGCGUUUUUUGCUCUUUUUUUAUUUUUUUUUACAAAUCAUUUUGAAAAAGCAAAGGGAAAAUGUUCAGCGGCCUUCCAAUUUUUCUUUUUGGUGAGACAGGCAAGUGGUUCUUUUUUUAUUUAUUUUUUUUAUUUUGUGAUUUGCUUAUAACAAAGAAAGAAUAGAUAUAUGUAAACUAUAAAAAAAAAAUUAGCCUGCACGGUUCUGAAGCUUAGAACUGUCAUUAGUAGGAUACAUUUCCUUGAACAAUGUAUUUUAUGAAUCAUGCAGUUGCCUAUUUACAAAGAAUAUAGAUUUGUGAUCAAAGUUUUACUUUGUCUCAACUAUUAUGGGUGCUUAUAUAAUUUUUUAUGACACAAUAACAUUAUUAUUAAUGUCACUUGAUGUCUCUUAUGAAAUAACACUGAAACUGUAUGCGCUUCGCAGCACUUAACACAUUUAGCUAAUUUCUUUGUGCUUUACCAAUGCUGUUCAGUUGUGCCACUUAUUUGGUAGUUUGACCAUUGUGUGGGGAUGACAGGGCGAAAACACGUACAGGAGCUUUCCUAACUGGACAAUGCUGCUGUGUCUGAGCUAGCACUAAACAAGAUACUGUGCUUCUACAUAAACAUGUCUGCUUCUUCCACCUUG